AUGUCCGGAUUCCUGUGGAAAGGGGAGGGUGAGCAGGCAGGGUCACAGCUCUGGCCUCAGGGUGAGCUCCAAGCUGCCUGGCACAGGAUCUGGCAGUGCUGCAGGUGCAAGGACGAGGUUCGGCAUGGCUCGAAACAAUUGGCAGCCAGCACCGGGAGUUGUUGCGCUGUUGCUUAUGGAACCACAGAGAACAGUCCCGUGACAUUCGCGAACUUCCCUGAGGACACUGUGGAGCAGAAGGCAGAAAGCGUGGGCAGAGUUAUGCCUCACACGGAGGGCAGCCAGGGUAGCCUCAAAGAGGAGCCAGAGCACAGAGAGUUUUCCUACACAGCUUCUUUUCCGCCGGUGGUCCUCGCCUCUCGCUUUAGCAGAGUUCCUCUUCUUGCUUGGCGACCACCUAUCCUGAAGCAAGAGGAUAGGAAGCCCCAUCCUGAGGCCAUCCUGUCCCAGGCCCGGAUCAUGAACAUGGAGGCGGGAACGCUGGCAGAGCUGAACAUGCCCGGGGAGCUGUGCAUCCGAGGGUACUGCGUCAUGCUGGGCUACUGGGGCGAGCCUCAGAAGACAGAGGAAGCAGUGGAUCAGGACAAGUGGUAUUGGACAGGAGAUGUCGCCACAAUGAACGAGCAGGGCUUCUGCAAGAUCGUGGGCCGCUCUAAGGAUAUGAUCAUCCGGGGUGCUGAGAACAUCUACCCCGCAGAGCUCGAGGACUUCUUUCACACGCACCCGAAGGUGCAGGAAGUGCAGGUGGUGGGAGUGAAGGACGAUCGGAUGGGGGAAGAGAUUUGUGCCUGCAUUCGGCUGAAGGACGGGGAGGAGACCACAGUGGAGGAGAUCAAAGCUUUCUGCAAAGGGAAGAUCUCUCACUUCAAGAUUCCGAGGUACAUCGUGUUCGUCACAAACUACCCCCUCACCAUUUCAGGAAAGGUGUGUAAGGUGGAGGAGACUGGGGAGGGCAGCCUGGGCUCUGGGGCCCCACAGGGCCCCACCUCUGUUUCCUCCAGCAAUGGAUCCAGAAAUUCAAACUUCGAGAGCAGAUGGAACAACAUCUAA